AUUACACUAGUAUAUAACGGCCACCAUGCCGAUUGAUGGCUCUUCCUGAUCCUAAGCCCAUUCAUCCAAGACCUACGGCAAAGGGGCCCAAGAUCGACCAAAAUGUCCCAACCCAUCCCCAUCAUCAUAUGUGGCAAGUCUGAGGUUAUCGGCCGCACGGUCGUCGAGGGCAUGAAGCCAGAAUUCGAGGUGAUCCUCUUCUGCACCAGCCAAGAAUCGGCCAUCGCUCACAUCCCGCUCGCUGUCAAGCAGAGUGUCCCUGCCGAGGCCGACCUGAGCACCGUGGGAACCAACGACUUUACCCGCAAACCGGUCGCUGCUGUCCUCGGCGGUGAAUACGGGGACGCCUACUUUGAUACCAUCAAGAGCAGUGUGGAGGCACACUUUCCCGGGGGCAGCGGCUUGCAAUGGCUGAGGCACGACGCAAUGAUACCGUCUCCCCCGCUUGGACCUGGGUACGGCCAGCAUGUCAUGCAGCGAGCCAAGGACGUGUUGGCACGCCUGAACAAGGAAGGUAAAUUCGGGACCGGCCAGACGGGGGAGCAUCUGUACUGAAUGAACAUCUUGUUGAAUGUCUAUAGAAUGGCGCAUGUCUAUGAUCGUUGUUGAAGAUCCCCAAAAGCGCCCG